AUGAUCAGCCUACCCGAAGCCAUUGCCUCCAAUGAGCGUAUUGCCUCUACCUUUCCACCUGGCCUUGUGGCAGUCUUUGUCGGAGGGACCAGUGGUGUUGGCGAAUACACACUCAAAGCAUUCGUUAAGUAUGCUGUUAGUCCACGAGUGUACCUUGUUGGCCGGUCUCAAGUGUCCGCGGACCGCAUCAUCGAGGAGUGCACACAGCUCAACAGAGGGGGAAAGUUCGAGUUCAUCAAGGCCGAUAUCAGCCUCUUAAAGAAUGUGGAUGAAGUCUGCAACCAACUCAAGAGCAAGGAAACGAAGGUCAAUAUUCUGUUUGAGACGCAAGGAACUAUGGCUUUUGAAAAGAAAACAUCCGAGGGCCUCCCCUUCGCUAUUGCUGUCGGCAUUCACUCACGCAUACGAUUCAUCCUCAACCUCCUCCCUCUCCUCCGCAAAGCAGAUCACCUCCGUCGAGUCGUCAGCGUCGGCGCUGCCACUUGCGAGGGAUCCAUCGAUCUAAGUAACAUCCCGGGUGUAGGCAUCCCCUUGCUACCUUGGCGUAACCAAAUAGCCUCGAUUCAGACUCUUUUACUCGAAGAAAUGGCCAAACGUGCUCCCGAAGUCAGUUUUGUCCAUACCGUUCCAGGGGUCGUCAAAAGCGGCAUCUUUCGUGAUUCUGAGGGAACAGGUAUGGCGAUUCGGAUCGCUAUUGCAAAAUUACUCAUGCCUCUGAUUGCUACUUCACCUGAUGAGUCCGGUGAGAGGCACACCUUUGUAGCUACCAGUGCUGUCUACCCACCAGGUCAGCAAGGCGCGGCACAUGCCGGAGUGCCGUUGCAUGGCAUUUUGACGACGGCCAGGGGUACUGACGGUAAACCCGGCAGCGGUGUCUACUCGGUUAGCAAUAAAUGUGAGGUUGCCUCGCCAAAGGUUGAGGAACUACUGGCAACUUUCAGGAAGGAUGGCACUGCAGAGAAGGUGUGGCAAUACUUUGCUGCUGAUUUCAAGAGGAUUACGGGGACAGAUGUUCCUUUGUGA